ACACAACUCUCUGCCAGAGCGACGGGCAAGACGACGACCGACCCGGCCACUGGCUGCGCUUCUCCUGGCAGAGAAUUGCAGGAGUAGGCUGUGCUGCGGCUGCUGGCUCCACGGGUUGCUCCACGAAUCCGCUGCUAAGAUGGGGGCACUGCGACCCGUGCGUGCGUGCGAUGUGUGUGUGUGUGUCUAUCCACCCGUUCUUUUUUACGAUGACGUCAGUCGAACGGGGUUCAUCAAAGGCGGGGUGGGAUCAGAGAUUAAUAGGGCCAACGAGGAGGAAUGCGCAUCACCCCACCCCCCAAAACCAAAAAGAAGCAAAACGCCAAAAACACCCAUUCACCCAUUCUCCAGCUCUACCAGCAGCACCCCGUCUCCUCUCCGUGAAGGGUGUGAAGGACACGAUUGUGUGUGUGUGUGUGCAUAUGUGUGUGGUGAAAUUGUUUAUGAGAUGGUUGUAAUCUUGGCAGCGAUCACGUUCCGUGUGUAACAUCGAGCGGGUUAUAGGGCGGCGAUGAUGGGGGCUGGUAUUGGUGCGCAUCAAGCCAACCAAACAACAUCAUCGGCCCCCGGUGUAAUCAUCCGGGCGAAUUCGAUGCCACCCCGGGUGGACAGGGGUCACACCAUCAUCCCUAUACACACGCAACGUCAAUGUUGUCGUCGCCGCCGCGUUUGCUAAACGUUCGCGCAGUCCGGUAUAGAUGCUUCGAACACGUGUUUUGGUGUCGGCCGUUGUAACCAUAGACAAUCGGGGCAGGCGCGAAUACACGCAACAGCAGCAACAGCAGCAACAGCAACACAACGACACACCACGUAAUCCGAGGCCAGUGACAAUGUUGCGCCUGUUGCACUAAGAAAGGAACGAACAGUGUUGUGUGUGUGUGUGUGUCUGUGUGUCCAUCUUCUCGUCUAACGACCAACGUCACUCUGUCCCGUGCUUUUGGUAGUAGAACCUACGUACCUACGUACACGUACAUGUGCGCGCGUUUUGUAUGUGUGUCCUCUGUGUUCUGUAUGUGGUGUAGUGUAUUGGGGUAGAGGAACAGCAGCGGGGUGGCGGGAAAAACAACACGCACAUGAAGGCCCUACAAACUACUAGCAGCCGCCCCACGGUGUAGCCCGCCACACAUACCACACCACGCACACAUGUGCUGCUGCCUCCGUACGAGAGGGGCGAGAUAAGCGUGCCGGCCGUUUGCAUCAUUUCUGUCCAGGUUUUACUGUUUUGUGUUGUUAAAACCGAAUCGCCACAAUCACUACAAGAGCGGCACUAUCUCCCCGCAUUUGCGAAGAAAGCAACACGAGGGGCAAAACCGUUCGGCACCGAGCGGGGACCAUUCGACAGUGGACCUGUGUCCGUAACGGAAAGGAACAAAAAAAGAAGAAAACAAUAGCUCGAUGGUGCCGCGGCGCCGCAUUUGCCACGAUUCUCACCGUGCCGUCUGUAGUGUGUAGUGAGGAGUAGAGAGGAAAAGUACGGAAGAAGUGUCUGAUAGUGUGUGUGUGUGCGUGUGCGUUCCUGGUUCCUGUAGAAUCCCGGUAGUACGGACGAUAGUAGUAGCCGUAGUGGUAAAACGGGGAGGCGGCCACAGAGACAAAGCUUAUUGUGACUUGUGUGUUUCGGGAAGGACAGUCAGCCUGCCCGCCUGUCGCCUGUGAAGGACAACGUUACUGCACGGCGGCCCAGCACAGCGCGAAACGGAUUGGCGCAGCGGAGUAAGAAUUAAAAAGGCGGAGACGACAGAGGCGCCUAUUAUUCCACAAAAGGACGAGAUCGAGAAGGGGAGGGAGAGUGAACAAACGCUGUGCCAAGCUUCAAAGGACUGUAUUGUGUGGACGCCUGCGAGCAAUAAUAAGGCGGAAGGACGCGGCAGAAUACAAAAGGAAGAUUCGCUCUCUUAUCUCUCUCUCUAACUGCCUCUCUCACUCUCUCUCUCUCUCACACACUCCCAAGGGGGAGGGCGCUACACCAUGCCACUGUUUGGGAAGAAAGAUUCGGGCAAAAAGAUACGCAAGGACGUGAAGGAUGGGUGCGACAAGCUGCCGAGCAUCGACGACAAGUACGUCAUCAAGGAGCUGCUCGGGACGGGCGCGUUCUCCGAGGUGCGGCUGUGCGAGCACCGGGAGACGGCCCAGCAGUACGCGGUCAAGAUCAUCGACAAGAAGGCGCUGAAGGGGAAGGAGGACUCGCUCGAGAACGAAAUCCGCGUGCUGAAGCGGUUCAGUGCGCGGCGCAGCGACGGCAGCGGGGUGCAGACGGCGGCACCGCCAAUCGGGGGGCCGCGCUUCGCCCAUCCCAACAUCGUGCAGCUGCUAGAAACGUUCGAGGACAAGUCGAAGGUGUACUUGAUCAUGGAGCUGGUGACCGGGGGCGAACUGUUCGACCGGAUCGUCGAGAAGGGCUCGUACACCGAGCGGGACGCGUCGAACCUGAUCCGGCAGGUGCUGGAAGCGGUCGACUACAUGCACGAGCAGGGCGUCGUGCACCGGGACCUGAAGCCGGAGAAUCUGCUCUACUACAGUGCGGCCGAGGACAGCAAAAUCAUGAUCAGCGACUUCGGCCUGUCCAAGAUGGAGGAUUCGGGCUUCAUGGCGACGGCGUGCGGUACGCCCGGGUACGUCGCGCCCGAGGUGCUCGCCCAGAAACCGUACGGCAAGGCGGUGGACGUGUGGAGCAUAGGCGUCAUCUCGUACAUACUGCUGUGCGGCUACCCGCCGUUCUACGACGAGAACGAUGCGAACCUGUUCGCGCAGAUACUGAAGGGCGAGUUCGAGUUCGACUCGCCGUACUGGGACGAGAUUAGCGACUCGGCGAAAGACUUCAUACGCAACCUGAUGUGCGUGAACGUGGAGCGGCGGUUCACGUGCAAGCAGGCGCUAGCGCACCCGUGGAUCUCGGGCAACGCGGCCAGCAGCAAGAACAUCCACGGUACCGUGUCCGAGCAGCUGAAGAAGAACUUUGCCAAGUCGCGCUGGAAGCAGGCGUACCACGCGGCCACCGUCAUCCGGCAGAUGCAGCGGAUGGCGCUGAGCAGCGGCGGCAGCGGCACCGCGUACGGCCGCAGCUCCUCCCGGAUAAGCAAUGUGGCGGCGGAUGGCACCUCGUCGGCGGCUGGUGGUGGUGGUGGUGCUGGCAACGAGACGAGUGGGGAUGGACAAGCGGACACUGCUACUACUGCUGCGUCGGGCAGUAAGUAAUAACUAGUUGGUUGGUUGGUCGUGUCAAAAAACAAACACAAACUCUACUUAGCUUAAAUGGAAACACGACAAAAACACACACACGGUAGGAGAGGAGCGCACCUAGUAGUUUAUAGGGAAAGGGCAAGAGAGGAGGGAACGUAUGUGUGUGUGUGUGUGUGUCCGUGUGUGAUGGCAGGCCUCUGUCCGCAGAUAUAUCUGUUUGUUUCCGUUUCUGUUUGUAGUAGUAGCUGUACUUGAUACUCUUUUUAUGUUUGUUGUACGAUGUUGUUAAAGUUCUCGUUUGUUCUCGUUCUAGCAGUGAAGCGUUUAUACCUCUUUGUUUAUAAUGAUAAUUGUUUCCAUUUUCUUUAAUUUUAUUUUGAAACCCAAUAACCAAUGUUUCUCGGACGAUAUCUCUUACGCUACUAUUGUACUGGACGGUGCGAACUGAAAAAUGAUACUUAAGACACAAGACAGUGUAGGCAAGCUUAAACCACAGGCCAGGGAAAAGGUAUAACAAUGUUUAAACAGUCUGCAAUCUGCAAACACUGCAAAAGCUCAACGGAGAUAUUUCUCAUAACGGCUACGGCCAAUUCCACCGACCGAUUAAAGGGACACACUGGUACUGGUUUGGUACAACCAAAACAUUCACCCGCCCCCGAAGAACAUCCUACCGACGUUAACUGUAGACCACGAACCUAACGGGCAAUGCGCAAUGCGCGCGAGCUUUACCGAACAUCACGUAACAGUUGCUCAAGUGAUGAAGGUGAAUAUUAGCAGUGUAUGUUUGCGCGAUAUAUUUUGUUUAGGUUUUAUCACAAACUAUUAUUUUUUUUGUUUCAAACUUUACCACAUCACAGUGAUAGCUAAUUAAUGUCGAUUUCAUAAUCGUUAACCGCAGGAGCAGAAAAUGGAUGGUUUAAAAAUUGCCAAAUACGGCAACGCGUUCGUUCUGUACGAUGUGUUCAACCGAUAGGGGAUCGUUUUAGAAUGUCUUAAGUGCAAUGAUAUUAACAAUUUUAAAGCCACUGUCGCUUAGGUACUUAUACUUAAACAUGCACACCGGCGGGCAUCGUGUUCUUAUUGGAAAGUGAACAGCUUGUUGCGUGUGUUUAACGGAAACAUUUAAACCAUAAUUCAAACUAGACCCACAAGCCGCCGUUGCGCGUUGUACUUCUCUUAUUCCAACAAUACUUAAACAUUCUUCUUCGUUUGCUUGUAAUGCAUUUUUUGUUGGGGGCAUUUUUUCACAAUUUAUUUACUGAUUCGUUUCAGUACGCGUUUGCUAACACCUGUUUAUUAGAAUUCAAAUCUGUGCGGAAAAGCGAGCGGUAUGAGCUUAAUCUAAUAGACGAUGGGCGAGGAAAGAUACACGUACAUGCUUUUUAUAAACUCGUGUUGGAAGAACGUUUUUGCCCUGUUUGUGACAUCGAAUCCAUUCCUUCUAAUAAUAAGUGCAGCCGUUUGUGCGACCCAUUAACGGUAACGUGCAAAAUGGGUUAAGCGUUGCUGUGUUAGCGUGUCCAGAUAUGAAGACGAUCGAAUCUCUGCCUGUUCAAAAAAAAAGCGUGUGUAAUGUUGUGUUAGAAACCGUCCCCUAGCGCCAAGGCGCUAACUGGUUGCAAUUACCGUAUAAUUUACAGCUUAAUUUGUUGUGUUUUCCGUCUUGCAGCUUUUUGUUGUUUAGCAAAUAUUUCCUUUUCACAAUGUGUGUACCUCACCAGUUGCUGGCGAACUUCGGAGUGACUUUUGGGGUCACAAUUUGAUAGCGUUGAAUGUUGUUGCGUUGCUUGAAACAAGAUUGUAGCGAGCUAAAGCACGCUGAAAACCGUGCCGAAUAGCUGUGCGAAAACACGAUCAACGAUUGCAUAAAAUGACAAGCCUCUUUUAAAAUAGUCUAGGUUAAAGUAAAGCAAACAAACAACACUUAUCAAUCAAACAACCAACCAACCAGCACCGGCAGUGCACGAGUCUUGUUUGGGGCGUACAGAGAGCAAAAGCAAGAUAUUAACCAAUUAGAACACACACGGGUGUUUUAAUCAUUCCCUGCCUGUCGCUCUCGUGUUGUUAUAGUUUUUUUUUAGACGUUUGUUCGUAUUAUUAAUGACAAGCGAUUUUACUGCUAGUGUAAUGCACGAUAUUUUGAAUCUCUCCAAACAACCAACUCUCCCUAACGUGUAAAGUGUGAUCUUUGCUGGACGGGACAAACGAUCGAGGCGGCGUCCCAACAAACCACUUAACGAACGAAUCCAUAUCAUGCACAUGACGAUAAACGCGAUGAAAUCUCUCUCCCCUUCCCGUACCUUGAUCCACCUUUUUUACACCGAUUCAGUUUGUGAUCUUAAGUACUUUUUGCGUUAGUUUUUAUUCUGUUGAUAAGCAAACACGCAUACUUUCCAUCAACAACAACGAUCUGAUCGGCUAGCCUCUACCCUUAGUGGCUGAGGUGCAAUAUAACGCAGGUUAGCUGGCAUUAGAUGAAAGCAAAGGGAUUUUUUGAAGCUCCCAAUAAUGUGUGGCUCGAUUAUGGGUCACGUUUGCGUUAGUUUGCGUUAGUUUAUUUUCUUAUUUCUUCUUGUUGUUACGAAUGAAUGAAUCGCAAUAGUUCUCGCGCACACGCCCCAAAACACGGUAUGGUGUGCUUCUCCUAGUAGUUGUUAAAAGCGUAAUGUACGAAGAAUAAACAAACACAAACAAACGUUGUAAGGCUUAACCCGGCUUAGACCUUAAGUUAAACCGUCGGUCUAGAGUUGUUUGAGAACAUUUGCGCGCGUGAUAAACCACCAACCCUGGGAAAAUCCCCAUGGGAAAGGAAAAGAUGAGGUAGCAGCAGGAAAAUGUUUGGUAAACCGACAAAAUCGACAUCAAAAAAGGCAUCAUUGUUUAACAUUUGAAAAAAAAGAAGAUAAAAAACCGUAGCAUCACGUUACCGGCCUGUUUGCAAAUAUUUUAAGUGUACGGGGUGGCGCAACACACGUACAAAAUCGUUGCCGUACCAAUGUUUGUGCAGUUGACGCCGGACCGAGGAAGAAUGUUAACGCUGUGCACAUACGGUGAACCAUUAUCCAUAGGGCUUAACGCAGAGAAGCGUGUUAAUAACAUGCUUUUCAGUACAUAGAAUACGACAACAACAUAAGAAAGGGGAUGGAGAAAAACAAAAAAACUUGUCGAUAAAACAAAAUUAAAAUUAUCGCACUAAAGUAGAUGGGUAUUUAGUUUUGAUUGGAUUGAUUUGAUGUCGGACAAAACAAAUCACUAGAAUAGACAAAAAAGCAUUAGCAAAAGCAACAAACAAACAAACACACAAAGCACACAACAAUUCUAACGAGAUUGUACUAAGAGAAGCAGCUGUAAAGCGAGACAGAUCGCAUUCGGAUUAAUUUAAAGCAAUUUGAAUCUGAUUUGUACCAGCAACUUUUAACGCUUGAAGGCGAACGUGUAUUGUAAAGUGUGCAUGUGUGCAUGUGUAUGUGUGUGCGUGUGCGUGUAUGUGUAAUGUUAUGAAGAAUUCCUUUGUACAGUGCGUGUUAGCUCCUGGGUAUGUGUGUGUGUGAGGUGAAAACAAACAAAUAAAAAAAAAAACAAGAAAAAAUCAUUACAUACAACAAAAGAAAAGAAAAGAAAAAAAAAUAUUUAAAAACAAAACGAAAGACUUAAAAAGGCGUAAAACGAGCGUAGGGCAGAGAAUAUAGAGCUUUUUUAUAUACAAUUUUAUGUUCCAUUUCCCCUCCCCCCCAUUGUAGUGCGCGAUGGCGCAAAGAAAUGUAAAGUGAAAGUAAAAAUCAAAGGGAACGCUACUACUACUACUACUGCUACUACUGCUACUACUAACAUUCCAAUUCCAACGAUUACUAUAAAAAAGGCAACAAAGACUUUAAGGACACAUGCAAACAUAGAUAGUAACUGUCCACUCUCAGUCUCUCUCGUCAUUGUUUGUUUUUUUGUUUAUCGUUUUCCUGUGUAUUUCUCUGUUCUGCAUUCCAUUCAUAUCAAGCCAAGCGCUAGCUCUGUUCGGAACCAUAAUGUAAUAGGGAUAUUUCCAAACGAGCGAAUGUUAAUCUCUGUCGUACUCUCCACAUAUAUCCUGUUUCCGUGUGCGCUUUGGCACACGAGUGCAAUUUAGUGCAAUCAUCCGGGCCCGCGGCCAGCGGAGCAUUCAGUUCCUAGAGGCGGCAUACAUAAAACAUGCUGACUUUAGUUUAGUGUACAUGACCCGCCACUGUCUCGCUCUAUCUCUCUCUCUCUCUCUCUCUCUUUUAUGCGCAACUGUACCGCGUAAGCGACCACGUGGAGCUAACCCUCUUUACCGCAUGCUCCCGCCGCCACACUUUCCCACGUGCAAACGCCGACUUUUCUCUGUGAUCAUCACUGCUGUCAGCCCUUUUGCUCGAUGUGUGGGUUUAAAAUUGGCUGAUAACAGAUUAAACACAAAAAAAAACAAAUAAACAAACGAAUCUGAACAUACUUCUCUGUAAAUGGGCAAAAGCUAAGCAACAAACACAUACAAAACACUCACACACACAAACGGUACAAAAUUGAACAAAAAUUGCAAAACGAAAAAAUAAAAAAAUAAAUCAACAAACAUGCAAAGCAAGCAAAUACAACAAAUAGCAAGUUGAUCGCUCUCUUUCUCUCUCUUUCUUUCAUCUCUCUGUUGAAAUCUCUAUCUCUCUCGAUGGUGUUCGCGGUCAGUUGCAAUCGCAGUAGCAAUGGGAAAUGUGUUUUUUAGAUUCGCGUCGCUAACUAGAUUUAGUACGUUUUUUUUUCUUUUGCGCUGCACACGCAUGUGGAGAACGGGCAAAACAAGCAAAUCAAGAAACAAAUAAAACAAACAAAUAAUUAAUUAAUAAUAAACGAUCCGUCGUCUUAAAAACACACGUCAUCCAUCGUCCAAAAACAAAAACAAAAAACAAGAAAAUAAAAAUAGAGGAAAACAGGCGAUAGUAGUAGCAGUGUUGUUGUUGAGUUGUUAAAUCUUGGAUCAUUGUUGUAAAAUCAGAGACAACAUUAUCAAUGCAAAAACAGUUUAAGAAAAGUUCUACAAGAAAUAAAACACACACACACACAGACAGUUGUAAAGACAAAACGACAAACAAAGAUAGAUUGAGAGAGAGAGAGAGAGAGAGAGAGAGAGAGAGAGAGAGAGAGAGAGAGAAAAGCAUGGAGAAACUGGCGGUGGUUUUUAAGUUGAACAUGUUUUGAAUUUAAAAUAGUGAAAAUGCAACCAAGGCAAACGCAAAUGGCAAAACGUUGAUGUUUAAAGAAAAUAAAACCGGGGGUAGUAUGUGUACCUUUGAUUAUUACCUUAAAAAUAUACAUACAUAUUAUAUACAUAUAUAUAUACAUAUACAUAUACAUACAUAUACAUGUGCGAAUAACAUAUUUUUAAAAACCACACUCUUCCCUCACAGCAACACAGCAACCAUCGUCGCACUGUGUGAGCGUUCUGUUUGUGUGUGUGAGUGUGUGGCCAUAGACAUACAGGGUUUUCGAGGAUUAUAUAGACAUGUUCAGCGAGUUGUAGAUUCGUUCAGGCAUAUAAUAGACUCUUUCAGCGAGAUAUAGAAUUGUUCGGAAGUAGGUGUAGACAUGGUCAACGAUUCUGUAGAGCUGUCAUUUGUUUUGUUUACACACUGUGCAGCAGGGUUCAAUUUUUCGUUCUUAAAAGUCCUAAAAGUAGCUAAUAAUCAUUCUCCAAACUGUUUAAUACAUAAAUUAGUUGAAAAAAGCAUAUUUUUUCGAAAACCGUUUGUUUACCUUCUGAUGAGAAUGAUCCAACUUGCAGUCCAAGGGGUACGAAAGUGACAGCUCUACAGUAUAACCGAACAUGUCUACACCUACUUCCGAACAAUUCUAUAUCUCGCUGAAAGAGUCUAUUAUAUGCCUGAACGAAUCUACAACUCGCUGAACAUGUCUAUAUAAUCCUCGAAAACCCUGUAUAUUUGUAGCUUAAGCUGGCCGACCCGUUAGGCCUCCCAAACGCGCCCACGUGCAGCAGCUGCAGCUGCAACUGGCAGGGCGUGGACGGACGGGCAAGAACCGAUUUGUGUUUUUAUCUGGACACCUUUGUACUACCAAACCAGCUGGAUAGAUUGUUAGACUGUUGUUCCAAGUUGUGUUAGUUGGUGUUUAUUUGGCCCUUGUUUUUGUGUUUUGUUGUUAAACAGCUACAGCAACAGCGUGAAGAUAAAACAGCCCGCCCGUUGCAUGAGAGUAGCGUAACGAAACGAAAGUAGUAGCUGCGACUUAGACAGCAGAGGAGAGGUUAAAGUGUAAUAAAGGAGUAGCACGAACACGGAGAGAGUUGAUGUUGGGUUUGGGGGUUGAUCGUUGUUUUGGGAUGGGGCAAGCAAGGGAGUGAGGGUGAGAGGUUUUAGGAAAUUCAACUAAUACAAUAAUUUUAUUAUGUGGUCUAUGAAUGUGAUCUACUAUAUUUAAAAAAAAAUGAGAAGAAGAAAAAAACAGAGAAAAAGUAACAGCAAAACAAAACCUAGUACUAAACUUAAGUAGGUGUUUAGUGGUUAAGAGCAGCGAUUCAAACAGCGAUAGAGCGACAAACACAGAAGAGAAAAAAACAACCGAGGAAGGUGAGAGAAAACAAAUAGAACGAAUAACAAAUCAGAAAUGUUGAUGGAAUGAAGAAAACAAAAAAGGAUAUUAAAAAAGAAAGUUAUGUGGUAAGAACACACACAUACACAGGUGGGUCAUGUUGAAGAAAGAGAUAAAAACGCAUGCGAAAAAGAGGAUAGAGUCCCCGUGUGAAGCAAAAAGGGUUGCUGCGCGUUAAAGCACAACACCACACCAAAACAGACAAACAAUAUAUUCAUCACAGACAGUGCGGAGCGGGAUACCAUCAACAGCAACCUAACUACUACUAGUACUACUACUACUACUAUUACUAACACAACCACUACUACUACUACUUUGUCGUUUGUCGAGGGGAAAGAAGGGUUUUAUUGCAUUUCUUCACCCAACCCUGUAGCUAAAAACAAAAACAGUUGGGAUAACGGAAGAAGUUGGUAAUAUGUUGGGUGUAGCAAAGAAGGGCGCGAUAUGCGCACGGAGACAAACGAGAGAAAACGCAAACGCAAGCAAAACAAUAGCAAAAGAAAAGAGAGAAAAAACACAGAAAACUAUCACACUACGCGUAAACUACUAAAACAAAUGUGAAGCAAAAUGGAAACAAAGCAAAAAACAAACAAACAAACAAACAUAUUAAAUAAUCUGGUUAUACGAGAAAGAAGAGAGAAAGAGCGCGCAAUGAUGCAGCUUUGCUGAAUAGCAUUUAAUAAUCUCAAUAAAUUCGUUCAUUGUGUAACUGAAAGCAGCUAAACAGCAUAUGGUAGCGCC